GGAUCAGUUUAGUUGUUUGCUGGACUUCGUUCUGAGCAGUAUGUCUUCGAUAUUUAUAGUUCUACCCUUGCUGGCGCUUGUUGUUGCAUUGUUGCUAACACCCUGUGAUGCUUGCUUUCGACGCAGCGGUAACAAUAAGUGUGGCAAGCCAUUCAAAGUUGUGAUCACGGGCACAGAGGCGUCCCAACGGGUCAUUGAUCUGUUAGAGGACGAUAUUGAGCUGGUGCACGCGGAGCCCACACUUACCGAUAUCAUGGCAAAGAUCCCCGGAGCCGAUGGCAUUGUGUGGGCCGUUAAAAAGGCUAUCAAUGCCACGGUCCUCGAUGCAGCAGGACCCCAGCUGAGGACCAUCUCAACCAUGACCGACGGCAUCGACUACGUCGAUCUAAACGAGGUGAAACGCCGCAAUGUUUCGCUAGGUCAGGUGACCACUUUAGUGAACAAAGCUGUGGCCGAUCUGGUGGUGGGUCUGCUUAUUUCAGCAGGCCGUCGCUUCAACGAGGGUCGGAAGAAGAUCGAAACGGGUAAGUGGGAGAAUAAUCUUCCGAAUUGGAUGGUGGGCCGGGAUUUGCGCGACUCGGUGGUUGGUUUCUACGGUUUUGGUGGCAUCGGCCAGGCCAUUGCCAAGCGUCUGUCUGGCUUCGAUAUCGAUCAGGUGCUCUACACCGCACAGCGUCGCAUCAAGAGGGAGACCGAAAAGGAGCUCAAUGCCAAGAAAGUGGACUUCGACGAGCUGCUGGCUAAGAGCGAUUUCGUGGUCAGUACCGAAUCACUCACACCUGCCACAAAGGGCGUUUUCAAUGCCACCUCGUUCAACAAGAUGAAGUAUACGGCUGUGCUGAUCAACAUUGGAGAUGACAAGGUUGUCAAUCAGCUGGAUCUGAUAGUUGCGCUCCUAUCGAAUCGCAUCUUUGCGGUUGGCCUCGAUAUAAUCAAUCCCAAACCACUGACCAUUAAAAAUAUUCCACUCCACAAGGCCAUUCUUCUGCCCCAUAUUGCACCCGCCUCCUAUGGCACGCGUUAUGAAAUGGCCACCGUAGCCGCUGAAAAUUUGCGGCGUGGCUUGGAGCGUAAGCCCCUGCUAUCGCCGGCAUACUAGGAAUCCUAUGGAAAAACCUGUGGAAAAUCUAUAGUGUCUACAAUGAAUAGUGCUAUGCAAAUUAAUUGCAAACAAGUGUGUGCAUAAUUAUGAAUUAAAGAAAUUUAUAAAAAAAACAUUUCAGACUUUUUCGAAAUAUCCUAAGCAAGGUUAUGUCAAAAUAUAGGAAAAUUGUUUACUUAGAAAUCUA